AUGGCCAGGGUACCACCUCCAUCCGUCUUGUUUGCGUACUCUGAUGAUGAGUGCAACUCAGGUGUUUGUUCAGAGCUGGCAUCCAGCCUCAUCUACGAGUUUGGCAACCGUGAUGUGCAGUGCCGCUGUGUACCAUUAAGAUCGUUGUUAGAUUGCGAAACAUGUAACGAUGCCGAUUCUAAGCACCUAGAAACAGAAGCUGAUAUCUUCUGUGAACUUAUAAAGCUAUGUCAUUCGGAAUCGGUUCGCAAAGGGCAGCCGUCACUGUUCACUCUAGUGCUUAUUGUGGACUGCCAAAGAAGUUCUGCGGAUAUUGACGCCUUCGCUGCAACUGUACAUGACUGGGUGUCAGAUUUCAGAAUAUCGAAGACGCUCCUGUUCGGCCUAAACUUCGCUAUUGUCGCUUGCAUUGAUGACAUCGGUGGUACCGUCACGGCAAGGGACCGCAAUGCUAGAGCUGAUGUAUCAUCAUUACUCCUGACUGUUGAAGAAUCACUCAAUGGUCUGGGAGCGAAUCACCUUUUGGACAAGUCGCUUUGCUUCGGUAGAGGUGAUAUUGGACAGAUUGUCACUUUUACCAAUCUUGUAUACGAAGCUUGGGAUAGUAUCAUUAGCCUAGGGUUGCGAUAUAAACGCAAUAAAAGAAGGCACAAAAGUGAUAAGAAGCUGACUGAUAGAGUAACACCGCCUAAGAGCGAGGCUGUAAAAAGAGAAUCUCCUUUAAAUGCAGCAACCGACACGGGAAGCCGAGAUAACGCAAAUGAAAAUGAUGCCGUUAACGAGGUGUCAGUAACACCGGCAAAAUGUUGCACAGCAUCUGGUCGCCAUUCUACAAAAGAUAAUGCAUCAUGCGUUUGCGCUGAAAAUUGCGAAAGCGAUGCCAUAUCAGAUAACGAAGAGAUCGGUGGCAUGUGUAGCCCUGAGGAUGAUAUCGAGAAUAUCGGUUCGGGUGCUGAUCGUAUGGUUUCCGAUGUACAACGUCAGUCUUUGAUGAAGCAGGGUUACAAGCUUAUUGGAGAUCACAGUGCUAUCAAGCUGUGUAGAUGGACCAAGGCACGUGUCCGUGGUCAUGGAGGUUGUUACAAGCACACAUUCUAUGGCAUAAAAUCCAACCAGUGUAUGGAGAUGACCCCUAGUUUGGCAUGCGCGAAUAAGUGUGUUUUCUGUUGGCGUCAUCACACGAAUCCUGUAUCAACUCGUUGGAAGUGGCCAGCAGAUGACCCCGAUUUCCUGGCAGAAGAAUCGGUGAAAGCGCACUUGAAAUUGAUCAAGGAGUUAAGAGGUAUAUUCGACACCAAGAGUGAGAGGUUGUCUGAGGCCAUGAAUGUAAGACACUGUGCACUAUCGCUUGUGGGCGAGCCUAUAAUGUACCCACAAAUUAACGAGUUGUUGUUUGAGUUGCACCAGAGACAUAUCUCUACAUUCUUGGUUACUAAUGCCCAGUUCCCCAAGGAGAUGGAGCAUCUUCGACAGGUGACUCAGCUCUACUUGUCGAUAGAUGGCGCUGACGAGACAACUCUUAAAAACACUGAUCGUCCACUUUUCCGAGACUUCUGGGCGAGGUUCCAGAGGUGUAUCCAAUUGCUAAGGACACGUAAAGAGCGGACUGUAUUCCGCCUAACAUUAGUAAAAAACUUCAAUAUAUCGGAACAACAAGAUGAAAUUAGUGAUUAUGGCAGAUUGAUUGAAUUAGGGGAGCCUGAUUUCAUUGAGAUCAAGGCAGUAACAUUCUGUGGAACGGUGCAUGACAAUGCAAUAACCAUGAAAAAUGUUCCAUGGCAUGACGAGGUGAUCCGUUAUGCAGAGGCUUUAGUGGACGCUACGGCUUUCACGCGUGAAAAUUACGCCAUCGCCUGCGAACAUCGUCAUUCAUGCUGUGUGCUCAUUGCUAAACAAUGCUUCCGCAUAGAGGGUAGAUGGCAUACAUGGAUCGAUUACGAUAAGUUCCACGAGCUUGCCAUGAGCGGCCGGGAUUUCCACGGGCUAGAGUAUUCCGUGGCGACCCCCGAAUGGGCUCUCUUUGGUUCUAAGGAGGAAGGAUUCGACCCUGUAGAUACUAGGGUAUAUACGAAGGGUCGACGGAAAUUGCCGGGGCCACCUGGAACUACAAGUUAA